AUAAGUAAACCACUUGGUGAGCUUUGGUUACAAAUAGACCAAGAGAUUAAUAAAUAAUGUUAGAGGUUAAAGCACGUCUUUUGCAUCGAGCUGUAUUUAUUCCAGAAGAACCAAUCAAUUGUGAGCUUAUUAUAACAAAUGUUGAUAAAUCUUGUCAAGUGUCUGAAAAUAAUUUCUCAACUUCAUUGCUUAAUUCAUUAGAAUCAUUUGGAAAAUCUAAACAGAAUGACUUUAAAAGUAAUGACCAUUGUGCAACUAUUGCAUGGGGAAGUGCACAAAUUUAUUGCCAAUGUGACAUAAAUGAUAAAAAAGUUAAAAUACCAGUGUUGUUUCAAAAAUACUUUAAAAAUAGUCAAACAAGUUUUAAACCAAUAUUGGGUAAACGAAGUCAUUGCUUAUAUUCAUCAGAGGCUAAAAUUGUAUUUUGCGAAUUACAAUUAAAAAAAAAUGAAUCCAAAACAUUCAUGUAUAGCCAGUCUCUCCCUCUAUCUCUGCCUCCUUCAUAUUCUGGACAGUACUUAAAAAUAUCUUAUAAAGUAUCAAUUGGUAUUGGUGGAAUAAAUCAACCAUUAUGUAUCAUAAAUUUACCAUUUAAACUUUUUGAAAUGAAAUGUAUUUAUAAGGCUUUAAAAACUCGGUUUCAAAAUCCUCUUUCUGAUGGUAUAGCUAAAAAUCAAGUUAAUGAAAAAACCAAAAAUCCUUUUCAUGAAGAUGACGCAGACAGAGAAUCUUCUCUUGAAAUUUCUAUGGAUCUUCUUACAAAUAUAACAACAACAAAGAAUUUAAAUACAUAUAAUAUUCAAAGUGCAAAUGGAAUUGUUGGAAAAUUUUGCUUAUCUAAAGUUUACUAUAGGCUUGGAGAAGAUGUUCUUGGAAUGUUUGAGUUCAGUAAAAGUUCCAUACCCUGUAUCAAAUAUACCGUUUGUUUACAAUUCGAGGAAUCUAUUUCAAAAGAAUGUCUUGCAAAUGAAUCUGUAUCUAACUUAGUUCAUUAUACAACUGUUAGUCAACACACAGAGUGUGUCAAGAUGGCUGCUAAAACAAGUUUUGCAUUACCUAUACCAAUCACAUGUACAUCUCAGUUUACUCAUAAAAUUGUUUCUGUUAAUUGGCGUCUACACUUUGAAUUUAUUAUCGAAAAAACUUCUAGUGAAGAUUCAUCUAAUGACAACACUUUCCACAAAAACUCUUCAAUAAUCUAUGUAGAAACUAUGCUUUGGAAUCUUCCAGUUCAUGUUGUCUCAACAAAUCCGAUUCAGGCCUCUUUGAUGAUGCAAUCAGAAAGCUCGGAAACUAUAUAUAUAGAAUAAAUUUUUUUUUUGUUAA